AUGGAGUCAUCAAGUGGUGAAGGUCGAGCCGAGCCUCCUGCGAUGUCUUCCACGGAUGUGGAACCAUCAAGUUCGGCAUCAAAAGCAACGCAAUCCAUGGAAGAUUCCGAUGACCAUCACAUGUGCCGAGUUUGUCGGGGUGAAGAUGGUCAUCUGUACUACCCAUGUCUUUGCACUGGCAGUAUAAAAUAUGUCCAUCAGGAGUGCCUCACAGAAUGGUUGAAGUACAGUAAAAAGGAAGUUUGCGAACUUUGCAACUACAAGUAUUCCUUCCAACCUAUAUAUCGGCAUGAUAUGCCAAAAGCAUUGCCACUCGCGGAGAUACUCAAAGGUGUUGCGGUAAACGCAGCAGUAAUGCUGCGAACAUGGCUAGUCUACACAAUGGUAUUGGUAUCGUGGUUAGGUAUAGUUCCGUUAACCGCAGCGAGGAUAUACCACGCUGUAUUCUAUCUGUCUAUGCAAGAGAUCCUCGUCCUUCCUCUCACUAUAUUUCGGACUGAACACAUUUUUCCUGAUGUUUUUAAGGGUUGCUUUUUGCUUGUCAUAUUCAUUUGUACAUUCAUUUCUUUGGUAUGGCUUCGUGAACAGAUCAUUCACGGAGGACCACACGAUUUCCUGAACAUAGAGCAAGCAGACACUACUUUGAAUGGCGUAGUGGACCAGGAGCUCCAAGGAAAUCAGGGAAACGGAGCCGUCGAUGCAAAUGAACAGGCGGAAGCCGUUGGAGAUGUGGAAAGAGAACAUCUGAUAGCAGACCAUGAUGGAAUACCUGAGCAUGCGCAACCCCAACCGGCAGCUGUGCAACCAGGGGUGGAAGUACCGCCAGCUGAGGAUAACUGGAGAGAUUUGGACAGGCUCGGCGACGAAUUGACAUGGCAGAGGCUUCUUGGAUUAGACGGCUCUCUUGUUUUUUUGGAGCGAGUCGUUUGGGUAAUAUCUUUGGACACGUUGUUCACCAUCAUGUUUGCAUACGCACCUUUCAAGCUUGGAUAUUUUAUUCUCAGCAAAGUUGGAAUUCAACAAUCUAUACACUAUUUCCCGUCAAUUGCUGCUAUAUUGACGGGAUAUGUAGCAGUCACAGCAAUAAUCUACGUGCUACACUAUUUCGUUGGAGUUCUUCGUUUUAGCAGUGUAUAUCGUGUGCUUGGGAUUUGUUUCCUGGUAUUGAAAGUUUUCCUUUUGGUGCUCGUCGAGAUAGGAUUCUUUCCAAUCAUUUGCGGCUGCUGGAUGGAUUUAUGUUCCUUGAAACUCUUCUCUGCAUCAUUGUCUUCAAGGGCGGCAUCUUUUGCAGCAUCACCCACAUCGUCUGUGUUUAUCCACUGGAUGAUUGGAAUGGUCUACGUUUUCUAUUUCGCGUCAUUUGUACUUUUGCUUCGCGAAGUUCUGAGACCAGGGGUAUUAUGGUUUAUGAGAAAUCUAAACGAUCCUGAGUUCAAUCCAAUUCAGGAGAUGAUAGAGCUCCCGGUAACCCGUCAUCUGCGCCGCUUGGUUGCCUCCACGGUUAGUUCGUUAUGCUUCACAACAAUCUUUCUUAUUGUCUAUGUUCCUCUCUGCAUUGUCCAGAAGAUAUAUCCAGCGCUUCUUCCUUAUAAUAUGAGCUUGUCUGCUGACACACCCCUUAGCGAGCUCUCGUUGGAGCUUCUCAUACUUCAGGUAGUCCUUCCGGCUCUACUUGAACAAACUCAAGCUCGCAUUUUAUUGAAAGCAAUUGUUCUGUGGUGGUGUGUACACAUCGGCCGAGUCCUCAGUUUGGACAGAUAUCUUCUACCCGAUUUACCGAAUGCGGAGCAACCAGCAGAUGGAGCAGGUGCGCAAGGAGCUGGUGGGUUGGCAGCGGAGCAUCAGGCCCUCCUCCUUCUUCGUGAGCCACAGGCUUUUCAACCGUACACUCGUCCGGCGCUUUUUCCUCUUCGUAUACUGAUUCUUCUGUGUGCUAUGGCUCUCACAUGUUGCUUUACUAGUUGUGUGCUUUUUCUUGUGCCAGUGAUGGUCGGACGGGGAAUCAUACACAAUAUUACUGGAUAUACCAAUGUUCACGAGCUGUAUACCGUGGGCACGGGGCUGUACAUAUGUUGGAUGCUCGUGAAACUUGGUCUUCUAUCUCUCCACUGGUUUCAUCUCGGCGUUCAUCACCUCAAAGAAGCCUUUGUUAAUUCGAUAAAUCUCGCUCUUCGAUUGCUGGUGAUUUGUAUACCCAUUGUCUUCGCAAUUCCCAUGCUAAUGGGAACCUACUUCCAACUUGUGGUCAUCACACCACUAAGGUUGUCUUUUCAACAGACAUCAUUGACGUUCCUUUGGCAAGACUGGGCUAUGGGGGUACUGCAUAUGAAAAUUGUAUGCGGAGCAGUGAUGAUGGGACCUGAGUGGUGGAUGCGGCAAGUAUUCGACCAGAUUUACCAAGACGGCUUGCGACAUCUUCGUGCGCGUUACAUCCUUUCACAACUAGUUUUGCCUGUAGUUUUAUUUCUUAGUUCCUUGCUUGCUUUCCCAUAUCUCAUUGCUCGGUUCUACAUUUUUGUCACAAAUGCUCCUCUUGAAGAGAGUGUCCUUGUUCUGCGAUACUGUUUCCCUAGCAGUUUGAUUCUUCUUCUAGUCGUAAGUUUCCUCAGGUGGCAACUUAACAAGAUUCAAGGCUUAGCUGAAAAUAUUCGGAACGAAAAAUAUCUUGUGGGAACUCGACUCGUUAACUACGAACGCAACGGUCUAUCUCCGGUAUCAACAGAAGCAGCGAUUUCUUCGUAA